AUGGUUAAUAAAUUAGCAAUUAUUUUGGGUAUUGGAAUUCCUGGUAUUUUUAUAUUAAUUGGUCUUAUCGGUUACUUGAUUAAAUUUUUUGUAAAACGUUGUAGAAAGAAGGCGUGGAUCGAAAUAACAUCGGCUCCAAAACUGAGUAGUAAAAAAGCUGGCACUGAUCGAGAGCCAUUACAACGGACAAAUGGUAGUUUAGAAAAUUCAAUGGCAUCUCAGACUCCUAGUGAACAACAAGAUAGUAUUCCUAAACAUAUCGUAAUACCAAUGGAUCGAUCAGAUUUAACACCAGCGCAAUUACAACAACAACGCGAUCAAGAUCAUACACUUGGCGAUAUUACACGAGCACGUUUAAAUCGCAAGAAGGAAGAAGAAUUGCAGAAUCGCCAAUCGAUUAAUCCUAGUCCAGCAGAUGGUAUACAAAACGCAAUCGCUGAAACAAUGAAAGAAUUUGAUGCAUCGGUAUGA